CGCAGAGGUGAGGGCCAGCCAGUAGGUAUUCCCCCGUGCCCACGCUCUGGGAUCCGGGACCCGGGUCUCCGGGUUGCGCGCGGCCUGACGUGCCGGGCCUAGGCCAGCGGGUGUCCGCCUGCGUUGUGCCUCCGCCUGGACUGAGAGCUGACGGGGCCCUGAUCAGCCGGUGGGACCGCAGGAAAAUAGAGGACAGGGACCAGCCCAGGGUGGGGCUUUGCGGGGAGCAGGUGGCGGGGCGGGAAGGCUGCGCCCUCUGGCCCUGUUGAGCGCAGUAGCGGCCCCAGCAUCUCGGAAGCUGAAGGUCCGCCUGCCUCUGGACCCACAGGUCUGACAAGCAUGAGGCUGUCUUUUAAGUUAAGGCGGUGACGUUUUUCUCAAACGUUUUGCACAGCGUGACAGAGGUGACUAGCUUUCUGCGCCCCUCCCACUGCCUGGCCACGAAGCCACUGUCCCGCUGUGUCACAGCAGCACCCUGCUUCCAGGGACCAUGUCACUAGAGCGCAGGUUAAGCUUCUGUAGCAGAGACUUCAAAGCACAGUGGCUCAAGCGAGGGGAAGUUUGUUUAUCCUGCGCAGGACUGUGGAGGUGAGCAGUCCAGGGACCCUAAACACAGGUAUGGGGCUGGUGGUACUAGAUCAAAGACAUCCAGGGACCUUGAUUUCUUAUUUCUGUGGCUCUGGCACUUGCUGGGUGUUGUCCUCUUCAAGGUCAACGCUGGCUCAUCACUACAGUGCUCACAUUCUAGGCAUAUAUAGUGACAUGAUAAUACAUUUUAAGAUCUUACCCUGGAUUCUCUGUGGAAAAUGAAAGGAUGCUGGUCAGAGUGCAAAGAGCAUGUAUAUUAUGAGAGGUGGCCCGACCUGGACAGAGGACAGGUUGCUGGGGAGAGUAGACAGACUCGGCUUCAUAUUUUGGAGGAAGGACAGGGUGCUGGUGUGGAUGUGGAAGGUCGUGUAAGGGGAGGAGUCCAGGAUGACUCCCGGGGCUGCACCUGUGGGCAGGGGUGCUGUCACCGAGAGGAGAUUGAUGUGGAGCAGGGGUGCUGAGGGGCCCCAGGCAGGCCGUGCUGAGUUUUGUGUCCCUGAGACGCUUAGCAGACAUGGAGGACACUGCCAGGUGUUGAGUGGUUGCCUGGUGGGUUUUCUGAAUUUUGCAGUAGCCUUAUUACCGUGAGGAAGCUGAGGUACAGAGAGGUUAGUCAGCUGGCCUCAGGAUGCACAGCCGUCAGUGGUGGAACUGCGGCCUUCAGAGCCUGUGUUCUCAUCAUGCAGCUUCUGAUGUGGGGCUUUUGGAACUAAAACAUGAGGCUUCACAACAAAGCCUCAAAAUGAUGAAAAGUGCGAUGGCGUGGGCUGUCAGGGUGGGGCCGGAGGUGAUGUGGGUGAGAGGCGCAGCAGUGGUGCCGAGGGGAAGCCUUGAAGGAGCUCUCACGUUGGAACUGCUGGAUUUAAGGGCCCGGCUGGAGGUUGCAAUACUUCCCGACUGGUACCAGAAACGGGCAUGCAGGAGAUUACAAGCAGCCACCCAGGAGUGGGGCCGCGCUCAGGUGAAGGCGGGCACCCCAGGACCCUGGAGUCUUGAGGAGCUGGAGGCACAGCCCAGAGGUGCGCCGGAGAGCCUCCAGGGCCGACCAAGUAUGGGGAUUCCUCUGAACAGCGGAAGGAACUUGGCCCAGCCCUGCCUGAGAUGUAUUGCGGGGGAGUCUGAGGGAGGUACAGGGAGGUCUGACACAGACGGAAGAGGAGCCCAGCCCAGGGGCAGAGACUGGGGCGAUGCGGCCUCAAGCCCAGGAGGCUGGCACAGUUCUGUCCUUUGAAGAAUGCCAGGUAAAUGGAAUCGUCUGGUGUGCGAACUGGGUUUUUCUCACUCAGCGGAAAGCUCUGGGGAGCUGCCCGGUCACUGCACGCAUAGACACCUACCUCUUCGCUGCUGAGCGGCAGUCAUGGUGUGGGCGCACCAUGGUUGGUUUACACACGCACCUUUGAAGGAUGUCUGGGCCAUUUCCCACUUUUGGUUAUUAUGAAAAAAGCUGCUGCAAACAUUUGCAUAUGUAUUUUUGUAUGGACACAAUUCCUGUUUCUCUGAGAUAACACCCAGGGGUGCAGUUGCCAGGUUGUAUAAUGGUUGCAUGUUCAGUUUUUAAAGAAACUACCAGGGUGUGUUCCAAAGUGGCUGAACUUUACCUGGUAUCAGUAUAGCCCAUCCUGCUUUCUUUUUAAUUAAUGUUUACAUGAUAUGUUGUCCCAUCCAUUCGCUUUAAACCUGACUAUAACAUAAUUGGAGUGAGUUUCUUGUAGACAGCAUAUUGUUGAGUCGUGUUGUUAAAAUUUCGUUGGCCUAUCUCUGCCUUUUUAUUGUUGUAUUAGACUGUUCACAUUUAAUGUGAUUUUUGUAUUUUAGGGCUUAAGUCUGCCAUUUUAUUUUUUGUUUUCAGUUUGUUCCCUCUAUUUGUUCUCUCUUUCAUAUCUUUCACUGGGUUCUUUGAACACAUUUUAGAAUUUCAUUUUGAGUUAACUAUCGUGUUUCUAUGUUUAUCUUAUACGUUCCAAAGAAUUUCUUGUUCAGAGAAUUUCCUUUAGCUGUUGUUUUGGGGCGGGUAUGCAGGUGGCAUUUCGGUCACUGUGCACACAGACUCUGAAUCUUGUCAGACGCUCUGUUCCGGCCGGCCUGCCCUGACCCUGCUCUGGUGGUGGGAAGCGGAGGCCUCGUCUCAUCACUGCUGGGUAUGGUGGGGGAUUCCCCGCUUACCACUCCGCCUCCACUGAUACCAGUGGGGGACACUCCUCGUUACUGGAUGGGAGUGGGAGCUCUGGCUGCCCAUAAAGCCUCCACAGAUACCUCCCUGGCUGCCGGGGAGGGAGGGCCUCACUGCUGCCCCCCACCUGCCUCUACUCAUGCUACUGGGAGAGGCCAUGGCCUCAUUCCUGUUGGGUAAUGGUAAAGGCUCUGACCCCCCACUAGGCCUCCUGUGGUAGUGCCCCACGGGGCCCCCUUACAGCCUCUGCAGCGCGGGAUUCUGGGCUCCCCGCUCAGCCCUCGCUGCGGUGGGCGGGCUGGGGCUCCAUUUCUCUGUGCUGCUUGCUGGGGGCAGAUCGGGCACUGUCUGAAGGUUCUUGCUCUCCCUAGACCGCUCCUUUCCCAGGCAUUUGCUUAGAGAGAGCAGGGUUUUUUGUUCUGUAUUGUUUUUAAACUGUGCCAUUGGUGGCAUUUUUGGCCUGCCAGCAUCUUCAGUCCCAACUCUGGGAAAACCACCACUAUGUGGUUCCUUGGAUCCACGGUCCCCAGCUCGUCUUUCCUCUUCUCACCAUCUUUACAGUCUUCCUGUGUUUUACUUAUAAGGUCCAGGGCUUCUUGUUGUGGUUAGGAGGAGGAAUAUAGCAAAGUACAUCUACUCCAUCUUCCUGGGGGCAGAAGUCUCUUAUUGUUACUAUUUUCUAUUACAAUUUUAGGAACACACAAUACAUGUCCAAUUAUGGAAAAGCAUUCAUCUCCAUGUCUUUUUUUAAAACUGGAUGUAAAUACUUCAAACAAUUAACACCGACUUGUUUUUCAUCUCUGUACUUUUCUGUAAUUCCCAAAUUGUUUACUGUAAGCUGGUACUAUAUAGUAUUUUAAUUAAACAAUAAAUACUUCCAGUUUUACAAAUAAGCUGCUGCUCUUUGUGUUGCCACCCAAUGGGACACAGAGCUGCAGGUUCCCCAGGGAGAUUGUACGCUGGGCGCCCUGAGACAGCCGCAGCGUCACUUAGAGGACCACUCCCAGUGCAGACAGAGCCGUCACCGUCUGCAGAGCAGACUUCUCCAGCCCGAGGCAGCACAUCCUUCUCCUGACCACUGAAAGCUGGUCACCAGGAACAUUCGCUGAACAUGAGUCAGUUGCUUUAAACAAGUAAGUCCCAAAUUUCAGCAGCUGAAAGGAGAAGUGUAUUGCUCACAGUCCAGUGACGUCUGCUUGGUGGGGAGACUUCCACGUGGUGACACGGAGGCCCGGGCUCCCUCCAGCUCUGGCUCUGCUGUCCUCUGAGCCUGGGGCUGUGGAGACCUUGGCUUCCAGCCAGGGGAAGGUCACAAGGAUCAAGGAGGAGGCAGGUACCGUCCUGAAAGCCCGACCCAGAGGAGACACGCCGUC